CUAGCUCUAAGAAUAACCCAGGCAGGCAGGGCAGAAUAGCCUGGGUUAAGGUUACCUUGAAGCCCCUGUCCCGUCCUAAGCUUCCUGAUCUACACCAAUCAUGGGCAGGGGAAACUUUUAGGCUGGAUCUCGAACUCUCCACUGGCCGGCCCUGGAACUUUUCCCCUCGACUUUUUGCUCUCUUCCUGGACAUUAACUGAACCUCUUCAGAGACCCUGAGACUGUGACCCUUUGAAUUAUUUUCCAUUGUGAUUCUUUAGGGGGGAUUAAACAUCCAGUCCAGACACCAGGUGUAAUAUAUUUAGGGUCUCUUUGCAUGGUCCCAUCCUCUCCUUGACGAUCAGGACUCAAACAGGAUUAGCCCUGAGGCGCUGCAUGUACUUUUUUCCACACAACUCUGUUGCUGAAAUUACAUUUUCAAAACUGCCAUGACUGAGGGAGUCGAAGGUACAGUAUCUACACAAGUCUAACGCAAUCCUUCACCACAACCAUGGUCAUUGAGAGCAAAAAUGGAGAGGCAGGACACCCCCCAGCCAGGGUGACCAAGAGGACCGCGACUGACGACCUGUACACCACCUUCAGUUCCCCUAUGGCCUGGAUCCUGGUCGUAGCCCUGGUCGUCACCUGGUCUUGUGUGGCCAUCAUCAUGUUUGACCUGAUGGACUACAAGGGCCUCACAGAUCAUACAUUAUACUGUGACGACCCCUGUUUGCCACCUGGGGUCUCCCCACCUCCCGCUGUCAGGAAAAUAAUUAAGGAUGCAGGAAGGUCUAGAGGAAGCAUUCAGCAUAUCAGCUCGGACCCCAUGAAAAUGGUGAACGAGGCGGUGGAGGAAUCCACUGACUGGGGCAAACUGCUUCUGACCUUUGUCUCCAGCCUGGUAGCACCCGAGGAGGAGGAAAUCGAAGGUGAGCUACAUCCAGUUAAGAAAAAAGCUGCAUUCCUACCGUCCAGAAAACAAGUUGCAGGGAUGUUUGCAGAGGAAAAGGAACCAGUUGCAGAAGUAGAGGAGGAGGAGGAGGAGGAGGAGGAGGAAGAGGAAGAGGAAGAGGAAGAUGAUGUAGAUGAAGUGGAAGAUGAGGAAGAGGAUGGAGAGGAUGAGGAUAUGGAAGAAGAGGAUGAAGAUGAGGAAGAAGAUGAUGAGGAAGAGGAGGAAGAAGAUGAAGAAGAGGAGGAAGAGGAUGAGGAAGCAGCAGCUGAGGCCGAGGUAGAUGAGGAUGAUGAUGAUGGUGAAGCAGAUGAAGAGGACUCUGCUGCAGCGACUGAAGAAGAUGAUGAUGAGGACGAAGAGGUGGCUUCAGAGGCUGAUGAUGAGGAGGGUGAUGAGGAGGAGGAAGAAGUUCCUUCAGAGGCUGAUAAUGAGGAGGAGGAUGAUGUGGAGGAGGAGGCUGCUCCACAUGCUGAUUAUGAGGAUGAUGAGGAGGAGGAAGAGGCUACUCCACAGGCUGAUGAUGAGGAGGAGGAAGAGGCUGCUCCAGAGGUGGCUGCUGCCGAGGCUGAUGAUGAGGAAGAGGAGGAGGAAGAAGCAGCUGCAGCUGAUGAGGUGGCAGAGGAAAAUGAAGGUGAAGAUGAAGCUGCUGCAGAGGUCAUUGCUAAGAUUGUUGAGGAUGAGGGCCCCAUUCUGAUUGAUGUUGAUGACACAGAGACAGACACUUCUGUUGGAGAUGAUGGAGAGGAGGAUGACACCAUAGCUGAAGCUGAAACUGAAGCAAUUACAGAUGAGGAUGCCAGUGAUGCUGCUGCUGCUGCUGCUUCCACUUAUGAUGAUGAUGGUGAUAAUGAAGAGGAUGAAAAUGCUGUAGCUGGUCCUGCUGCUGCUGCCAGUGAUGAAGCCACAGAUGAUGCUCCUGUUUCGACUGCAGAUGAUGAUGAUGAUGAUGAUGUUGAUGAGGAAGAUCAUAGCAUAGAUGUUGACCAAACAGAUGAUGAUACUAAACCCAUUGACCUAGAAGAUGACGAUGAUAAUCUUGCUGAUAGUGAGGAUAUGGAUAUCUCAGACACAUUAGCUGAGGAUACAACUGAUGACUCUACAGAUUUAGAGGACACUGAUGAUGACGAUGAUGGCAAAGUCAGUGAGGACAGUGGUGCCGUCGUUGAUGACAAUGACAAAACAGUCGAGGAUUCAGGAGAGACUGUUAGAGAUGUCGCAGACAUUUCUGAUGACACAGAAGACGACGAUGAUUAUGAUGAUGAUGAUGAUGAGGUGAAGGAUUCAGCUGAAGAGAUCGGCAAAGAAGAUGACGAUGAGGAUAAUGAAAUCAUAACCGAAGCCUUUGAUAGCUCAGCACCUGAAGAAGAUGAUAUAUCCAAGGAUGAUGACGAUGAUGAUGAUGACAUUGAUGACCUUCUUUUGACAGAACUAAAGGUCAAGCAAGCUACUCCUCCAGCAGAACAAGCAGUGUGCCCUUGUAUGCAUUCGUCCAAGCCCAAAGAGGCCAAAAGUGAGCCAACGGAGGAGAAAGAGGCAGAGCCCCCUAAAAAGGAACCAGUAGUGAGAGCUAAGAGAGAGCGUGACAUGUGCAGGCCAGUUGACAAGCCAAAAAGGAGAGAGGCUGCAAGGAAAUUGGAAUUAGAAGCGGCGAUCAGGAAGAGAGAACUAAGACUUAAAAAGGAAGCGAAGGCCACAAAGGAAGAGUCUCAUCAUGUAGAUGCUGGGGUGCCUGCACCUGCACCUGCGCCAGUUCCCGCCUGUCAACCCACACCAGUCUACUGGCCAUCAUCAUCUCCUGGCUGGUAUUUGCAUCAUAUAUUCACAGACAAUCCAUUUCCACCUACAACUAUGACAGCUCAUCCAGCUCAGCCAUUUUACCAAGCUCCUCCAGCUUACCAAGCUCCUCCAGCUUAUCAAGCUCCUCCAGCUUAUCAAGUUUAUCAAGCUCCUCCAGUUUAUCAAGCUCCUCCAGCUCAACCAGCACCAGCUCAACCAGCACCAGCUCAACCAGCUCAACCAACAGCUCCAGUUCUACCGGCUGAACCAGCACCUGCAACAGCACCUGGACCAGCACCUGGACCUGCACCAGCUCCAUCGACUCAAGAACCACAGGCUCCCAAAGAAAAGGCUGCCUCCACAAAGAAGGUUCCAAAGGAAAAUACCAAGGCAGCUGCCUCAAAGACAGAGUCUCCUAAAAGACAAGUUAAGACGCAAGAACUUGCGGUGUCCAAAGGGAAGUUCAAACCAGCUGUUGUGAAGAAAGGAGCUGUUGUCUCUGAAGAAAAUAAAAAAGCUUCCACGACAAAGAAAGUUUCAGAGGUUGUUGUUUCCAAAGAUAAAGGUAAAACAACAACUGCCAAGAAAGAUCCUGUGGAAAAGGACAAGGACAAAAUAACUCCUACAAAGAAAGAGCCUGCAAUCUCCAAAGAAAAAGUCAAGGCAACCACUAGCCAGACAACCACACCCUCUACCAAGAAAGUUGUUUUCGAACCCGAGGAGGCCCCUAAAGAGAAAGCCACUCCAAGAGUCCCCACUAUGAGAAAAGGCAAAGCUAAAGCCACACACUCUGUGAAGACGGCCCAGCCCACUAAACCAUAUAAAGCUGAGAAGCCUAAAAAGACUGAGAAGGUUGAGAAGGCUGAGAAGACUAAGAAGACUGAGAAGACUGAGAAGGCUGAGAAGACUAAGAAGACUGAGAAGGCUGAGAAGACUGAGAAGGCUGAGAAGACUAAAAAGACUGAGAAUACUGAGGAGACUGAGAAGACUAAAAAGUCUGAGAAGGCUGAGAAUACUGAGGAGACUGAGAAGGCUGAGGAGACUGAGAAGGCUGAGAAGACUGAGAAGGCUGGGAAUACUGAGAAGGCUGAGAAGAUUGAGAAGGCUGAGAAGAAAGCUGUGAAAGAGGCUCAAGAAAAAGAAGUAAAGACCCCUGGUAAAGCAAAAGAUUCUCAGACUGAGGAGAGUGCCCCGGACAAGAAGAAGACGUCAGGUCAAACAUUCUUGCAGUGUGUUUUUAUUGGUGGAAAGAGUGCCCACUACCCUUUGCUACCUUCCACCCCUGGUGUGACCCCUGUGUCGAUGAGCCCAGCCAUGCAGUCCAUGAUGAUGCAGCAGGUGCAGCAGCAGAAAGCCCGAGCAGUGGGACAGUAGACGAGCUCCUCACCCCUAUGCUGCUCCCUCAUCUCAGUCUGCACUUCAACCUUAACCAGCAGGUGGCGCUGCUUGUAUUUACUGCUGGCCCACUGGCUUCUCAUUGAAAACGGAGGACAAUCAGGAACUAAAGGGGAAGGAUGGAUGGACAGUACAGUAUUAUUUAUUUUUCUAUGACCGGUCGAGCUCCCGUGAGUUUUUAAGCCCCUAAUUUCCUUUCCUUUAGUUGUGGCUUUGCUGCUUUUUCAACACUCUUAGAAAAACGGUUACAAAAGGGAUCUUUGGCUGUCCCAAUAGGAGGAACCCUUUUUGGUUCCAGGUAAAACCAUUUUGGGUUCCAUGUAGGACCCUCUGUGGACAGUGUUCUACAUGGAACCCAAAAGGGUUAUACUUGGAACCAAAAUGGUUCUACCUGGAACCAACAAGGGUUCUUCAAAGGGUUAUUCUAUGGGGACAGCCUAUUAACCAUUUUAGGUUCUAGAUUACACCAUUUUUUCUAAGAGUGUAGCGCUCAGUGUUGAAUUCUUUGGGAUCUAUGUUUUUCUGUAUUUCUCUGUAUUCUGAUGUAUUUAUUAUGAAAGGAGUGUAGGUUAUGGACACAUCACCUUCAGCAGCAAAUGGAAUUGAUCAUUUUUGUACAUUUCAACCAAAUGCAAUGUACACAUGCAUAUCAUUUGUAUUUUAGCUGAAGUUCAAUGUACUGUAUAUAAUGUACAUCUUGAUGUUAAAUCUUGUCGUUUA